AUGUUUGGCCCCCCUACUCUUAGAUCUCCGAAUGGUGUCAGAGCCCACCAGAGUUUCGGGCCGAAGGAAUGGGUUUAUAGAAACAUUCUUAAGCGAACUCCCCGGAUGUUCUUCGCUGCAAUGCUUAUGACAUUUGUCUUCGAGAGGUCUUUUCACGUUGCUACUGAUUGGGUCUUUCAUAAGAGGAACAAAGGGAAGCGGAAGGAAAGUCACUUGGAGGAGAUUAGUGAGUCGAAGCGAGACUCCAGUACGAUGUUUCCCGAUUUGGUGCGUGGGGGUAGAAUUCGUCAGAACGAAGAACUUAUCAAGUUGUCGAAGUAUUUAUUUAAGAUCGGCCAGAUAGUUAUUCAAUCAUUCUGUGACGAUGCAGAAGCUUGUCUUGGGGGGAAGCAAACAGAAUACUUGAAAGAGGCUAUUGGUUCGGGAAUUAAAUGGGCUGGAGCGGGAAUGGAUAAAAUAAGUGGUCCUAUGCUCAACGUUCUUGGAUUAUAUGUAGAAAGAGAUAAGAAAAAUGGCGAGGUUAUUGAGUUUGGAGAAUCAACGCAGGACUUUGGAGAGUUGCCUCAAUGA